GAAAAGACAAGUUUAUAAAAUGGUAACAAUAACAUUACUAUUAAAGGUGAAUCCCAGAUACACUGCUAGUAAAUAGUUAAACACAGACAUACAAUGGCAGGGAAGAGAAACAUUGAAGAGUAAAUGUAAGACACAGUGACAACCAGUAAAUUAGUUCUACAGGACAAUGCUUACUUACUUCAAUCAGCUACCUGUUUAAUUUAUGUGGUAAACACAAUCCAAGGCAAAAUCAGAGUAUGGGAAUUAACUAAUCAUGGAUUAACUGAAAACAAAAGCACUACCACCAACAGCAAAACAACUAAUCCUUUCAUUAUGUGCGGAACAUCAAGAAUAAAUACAUAAUGUUUUGAACAAUCUUCUCCCUACUCCUCCUUUCCAAACCAAAUGAAGAGAUUAUUCAUAAUUUUGUCGAAUAAAAUAAUUCAUUUUGAUAAAAUAAUACUGAGACUUCAGAAGUCCCCACUAAAAUCAUCGAAUUUACAAAACAAAACUGUUGAUUGUUGGGAAUAUAUUGGAAUAUUGAAAUCAAGUUUUAGACACACAAACAAUAUUUUUUCAACAAGUUUCCCUGGAAAUACAUAUCAUUUAUGAGGGAAAUGUUUGCUUAACGAAUUAAUGAAAAUCAAUGCAUAAAAUCCGAAAAAAGAGAUGUCCAACCUGUGCAUCAUUGAAAUCUUCACCUCAGUUCACCAUUAUUUCCUCCUAAAAACACUGAUUCCUAGAAUGGUAGUUUUAUUCAUCAAAAUAGUUGAAAGACAAUAUUCACGAUGAAAUUGUUCAGAAACAUAAAAAACAAAGCAAAUCUACGUAACAUUUUUCCAGUUCAUUUAAUUUACAAAAAAAGACAAGGAUAAGAAGUCAGUCAUUAGUGAAUUUAAAAAGAAGAAAAGAAUGCUGAACACGGAUUGGACAGAGGUUGAAGUGAUUGAGUUAUUCGUUGAUAGUGCAACACAUCUUGGAUUUGGUAUGUGUGGUAGUAAAAGUACCGGUGUCAUUGUCAGGUAUAUUACACCAGGUGGAGCAGCGGAAUUGGAUGGUCGUUUACGACUUGGUGAUCACAUUGUAUGCAUACGAGACUACAAUGUUCGCGGAUAUGGACCAGAUCAGGUGGCUACAGUAUUGCGCCAAACUAUAACCACUUGUCUAAGUGAAAGUAUGCUGACGUCCAGUGUAAUACUUGCAAACUCUCCACCUUUAGACGAAACAUCUACUGUUGCUACUACUAGUACUGCUACUACGGCUAAUACCACUAUAACAACAAUGGGAAAUACACUUUCACCAACAUUUAGUAACGCUUCUCCUACAAAUACUAUUUUUAAGUCGGAUAAGAGUAGUUCAUCACCAAGUCGAAUUCAUCCCUGUUAUCAGUUGGAAUCUGGUGAGACUCUGAAGUCCACUGAUCACAUUUUGAUUAACCCGUCAAUUUUAAUCAGAUUGAUUGUAGCUCGUCCAGCCAACGGUGAUCCCAUGGAACUAAGCGAAAUCCAUUUGAAACAACAGUCACUUUGUCAACAGCAUCAAGUUCUUGGAAUGUUAACCAUUAUCCCAACACAUCAGUUAGAUCAAUAUCUUGAAUUACUGCUACAGAAUAAACUGCCAUUGGUCAAUCUGUAUAGUCUAAAUAAGGUAAAUGGUGUCAACGAUGGUGAUGAUAAUAAUAAUAGUAACAGCAAUAAUAAUAAUAAUCACAAGGCCAGAUCAGAUGAAGACAAUGAAGAAGUGGCCAAUGAAACAUCUGAACCAGCAGAAUUUGUUGAUGAAAUGGUACAAACGCGCAUGAAAGCAAACAACGAAAAGGCUUCGAAUUCACCGUAUCACCGAACAGCACAUUCAGAUAUGGAUGAACUUCGAGAAAAUGAACCAUAUUCAACACUUCAAGUUAUCCUUAACUCUCAAAAUUCCUCAGAAUCAGAUAUUGAACAAGUGAAUAAUCAUUUGAUAAGUGGAAAAAUUGAAAGUGAUACAAUUGACAGCGAAUAUGGUGAACACAUAAAAUCCACUCGAAGAAAUUCAUCUGACUAUCACAGUUAUAUUCUUUAUCAUUCCUCUCCUACUUCUGGCGUCGCUAUCACCGCAUGGUCAUCUGUUAAUCAGUGUGACUUAGGAAAUAUUAUUCAACAAAGCUCACUUUCGCAUGUUAAUAAAAAUAAUAAUAAUAACAAUAAUUCAGAACAGACAGAAAUUCAUAUUGUACAUUUAAUCAAACCCAAAAAUCAAAGUUUAGGCCUGAGUGUUGUUGGAUAUAUUUACAAAAAUCCUUACAACGGAAAUAAAUACGAUCGUGGCAUUUUCGUCAAAAGCAUUAUCCCGAAUAGUAUAUCAGAUCGAUGCAAAUCAAUUCAAGUGAACGAUCAAAUAAUAGAGCUUAAUGAAACGUCACUAAUUGGUUUAGACAAUGUGCAAGCUGUUUCAUUGUUAAAAAAGGCCAAUACAAACAUUACCCUAAAAUUAAGACGUUACCUUCAUGGCUUCCUGCAUGAAGAAUUGAAAAAAACAGGUUCUUUUGUAAUGAAUACUAGUAGCCAACAAAAUCUAUGCUUAAAGUCACCUGAAAAUUAUGAAUCAGAUAUAAAUUCAGAUUUUCCCCAGUCAGUUCAGGAAAAUAAAUUAAAAAAUUAUGCUAUAAAUAGUUAUGAAACAAGUGACUCAUCCGACCAUUCAACAUCAAGCAAGCAACAUCGAGAAGAAUGUCCAUUCAGUGUGUCUGGAUUCAAUCAGUCUGAAACACUGUACAUGGAAUUAACUGAUGAUUUGAUCGAUUCACCGUCUACAUGCUUUAAUGACAAUGAAAGUGUACAGGAAGCCGCAUUGAUUAUAUCAUCUGAAGAAGAGGAAAAGCAAAGAGAAGAGUUGCGUAAGUUACCAUCAGCGUCAUCUUUGAGAUCAUCAUCGUCACUAUCCUCCUCAUCCUCAGACUCUUCAUCGACAUCAUCCUCAUCUAUUCUUUCCUACAAUAACACUACUACUUCCUUGGAAAAAUAUACGACUAAAAGAACUUGUAAAACAUUCGUUCCUAAUAAAACGAUGAGAACUAAUACUUUAACAUCGUUUAAAACUAAGGUUGAGACAGAAGUGAUAACUACAAAAACAGAGCCAGCAAUAAACAAUAUAGCAACUGGAUGCUAUGGCGAUAACAAUGAUAAAAAUAUUCAAGAAGGUGAGGAAUUUAGCAAAGCUUUUUAUGCUGUUGAAGAUGGUAAUAAUAAUAAUAAUAAUCUUGCAUCUGGAAUUAAUAGUUACACUUCUACUGAUUUCAGUAGUGAGAUACAGAAACUAGACAUGAAAAGACCUAAAGAAGAAAAUCUAUGUGAAAAUUUCAAAAUCUCCGUCAAUGUUGAUCAUAAUGAUACAAAAAUGGUUGAUCAUCCAAGUGGUAUUGAAAACACUGAACUCAGCAAUGUGUCACUAUCUGCAGAAAGUAAGUAAAGCAAACAAAAUUGGUGUUAUUUUCCACUAAUUAUUCGUUAAUUUGAAUUGGAGAGAAUAAUUCAUAGCUCUGGAGAUGAGCACAUGGCAGCCAAUAUUGUAAAUUACACAGGUCAUUUGUGAGCGAUUUUAUGGCAUAUAUCUAUUUUUUAAUUGGUGUCACCUGCUUUACCUUGUGUAUAUUAGCACGUUUCAGCAAAUAAGCCAAAUAUUCUAGCAUGAUUUGAUGAAAAUUCAGGAAUAUACGUUUAACCUUCAAGCUUAUUGCACCCUUCAAUCCACUAUAGUGUGCAGAUAUUAGUAUCAGGCAAUAUUUUCUGAUAAAGCUGUAGAAAAUGCGACGCAAGUCAAGAGUAUAAUACCACCGAUAAUACGUAUGUCAGAAAAGAAUUUUAAGUGCAAAAUUUGAUUAACACAGCGUAUAAAAAAUGUAACUUGUCAUCAGAACCCUGUGGCGACGGACUACUACGCUACAGUUGCCGGAAAUAUGCUAUCAUGCCAUUCUUCAUCUGUAUUUAGUCACAUCUCACUCAGUUAUCUGAAACUUCUGCUGGUUACUGAGUAGAUUGAACUUUUUAUAAAAGCCUUAAGAGGCUUUCCAAGUACUUCUCUACGUGUUCUUAAUACAUAACAUACAUUGUAAGCUCUAAAUUCUUUAGGUUUAUAAACAAUAAUUUCAUCGAUUAUGUAGAAAUAAAAUGACCACUUGCCAAGCAAAUAGGCAUACGUUGGUUAAUGG